AUGAGGUCUAUCCUCCUCAUUCCCUGUCUCUUCCUGGCGCAAAUCUUCGCAGCACCAGCCCCUUACAUUGUCACAAGCUACGUCGAACUUUCCAUCUACACCUACGAAGCCGCCGAGACCCUACAAAGCACCACCUACUCCGCCGAACUACAAACCCUAUCCGUAGGCGUUAUACCCAAUGCUACUCCCGUCACAAAUGCCAUCAAAACCGUAACUGAUUCAUCGGCCUAUGCACACGUUACCAUUAUCGAAGUUCUUCUUCCCCCCGGCAGCGGCCAUCGUCCAACUUCCACAUAUGAUUAUUUUGCGACAACCACUACUCCCUCAACAAGCUAUGUAGUCCCAAUCACAUACACAGCAUACCCAAGCUGUACCGGGACUGGUCAAAAUUGGACAUACAUAACCAACGUCCCCAUCUACCUCCCCACAAUCAUCGCAAGCCUUCUUACCCCCUCCACACUCACCACAUCCGCCUCAACCUACACUUAUUACGAUGACCGCAUUAGUGUCCAAACCGUCGUACAAGCAAUCCUCGACCCGUCAGAUAUCGCAGCCGAUGCAUUGGUAAGCGCUUCUUCAGCCUACAUACCAUACUCUAUGGAAUAUUGCUACACUCCAACCACAACCUGCACCACCUACCUCUCAACCGCUACAUGCACACCCACGUGGGUAUACCCCUCAUCUCGUUACACUUCUGGUAGUGGUAGUGGCAGUGGCAGUAGCAGUAAUUCAUAUAAUUACAAUGAUGAAUAUUCCUGCGACGAAUACUACUGCGGAGACAACGCAUUACUUCUAAUCGCCAUCUGUGUGCCAGUAGGCUGGGUAGUCCUAUGGCUCCUGGUCGGUCUCUUCGAAUCAUGGCUCUCGUUUAAGGGAAUCAUGUUGGGUAAGAAUCGAAAGCGUGGAAUCCCAUAUGCUUGGUGUUGUAUUUCGAUGUUAUUUCUGUGUUGUACGGGUCCAACGUAUAAAGCGAAGAGUGUAGAGGAACAAGAGAGGUUGGGGGUGCAGUGGAAGGAAAUGGGAGUGGGUAAGAAAUUGGGUCUCUGGUUUAAAUGGGGGUUUAGAUGGAAGUAUCCAGAUAUGUUGGGGGAUGAACCGGAGAAGAAUAAGAGGGCUUUUAGGGAGGGCUGUUUGUAG